AUGGGUAUUCCCCGUUUCGCCUUUAUGGCAUUGCGCUUGGCGCAGUUCGUCUGCGCAACCGUCGUCCUAGGGCUGUCAUCUUACCUUCUCUAUCUCGAGCAUGAGCAUGAUAUCGGCCCCUUCAGUCGCCUCUUCUACAGCGCCAUCAUUUCCUCCAUAUCAGUCAUUGCGUCUCUCAUCUGGCUCAUUUCUAGCACAAUUCUCCCCGUCACCCACAUCGUAGCCGAUCUACUCUUCUGUGGUGCCUGGUUCGCCGUCUUUGGUCUACUGCAAGACUGGUACAAAGACGUCAUGUACUGCGGAAGCAAAUGGAGCUGGUACGCGAUGAGUGCAAGAGAGGGAUUAUGCGGAAACUGGAAUGCCGUUCAGGCUUUCGCUUUUCUAAGUGCAAUCUUCUGGUUUGUUAGCUGUAUGCUGGGCGUCUUGGCGUGGAAGAAAGAUAGCACGGCGCCCGCUGCAACUGGUAGUGCUCCUGCUCCAACGACGACAGGGUAA